CGGUAUUUUCAGGAAGCGGAUGUUGUUGACGUUACGGUAUCCGGGGCAGACUAGCUUUGGAAAAACAGGAGCAUACGGCACAAUUAUAUGUUUUUUUACCUCGAAGAUCAGAAAAUAUUUCACGGUCAGGACUGUUGCUCAACAAUGGACAGAGUUUUUCCUCGAUCUGAAUUGUCUUUUCGAUUCCCACGUCUCCACCAGGUCGGCUAGUUAGCACAAGUUGCUAACUGGCUAAUUAAACCCUGACUGGUGUAAGCAGCUGAGAACGGAGACCUGUCAGGAAGAGGAAAUUAUUAACUUCUAUCUAAAAAGGUUUUGACGCGUCAGUGUGAUAACAGGAGCGGGUAUGAACAGGAGCAGCGUGUGACUGGCUGUACAUUGUGUAAAACAGGUACACGAUUUGAGGAGAGGAGCGCCCAAAUAGGAACCGACGUUGAUUUAUUUGGUUUACAGAUGGUCUCAAAUAUGAUUGUGUUUUGGUCACGGACUAAAAACUAGACUUUUCUUAACUACUGAGGUUCUAAGCCUGUAGUUUAAAACGUCACAAAUGGAACAUCUAGGUCCUUGGAGUCCUCGGAUUUGGGUUGUGUUGGGCUGAAGUUGUUGGAUGCCUUGUUUGCUAUAGGUCCGGUGUGACUGCUCGGCAAAGUAAACAGGUGUGACACGUACUACUCAGAUCCUGGACCGACGUUGUUGCUGCUACAGCAUAUGUCAGAUAUCUCUGCCUACAGCCAGAUCCUUGUGGUUACGUGCAAUAACAUUCCUGAAGCCUUUUAAUGAAAGGGUUAGGCACUAGGUACUCGCACAUUUGAUGUGCCUUAUAAAUGGUGUUUGGGAUAGAAGUAGUGAAGUAAUGAAGUAUAAGUGGCCAACACAUAGUAGUCAAAGUGCUUUAUGAUGAUCUCCAUAGUUUAAGGGAAGACGUGGGUGAGUACUUAGAUGUUGUUUUAUUUUGAGUGGUUUAGCUGAGACUGUGGGAAUGAGGAAGCACUUGUUUACUCACUGACUGAGAGCCAAACUGUAGCUGCUGCCAACUUGUCCACCUACUGCAAUGCCAAACGUACUGUUCUCACUGAUGCUGCUCGGAGCACUAUGCAGCCAUGGACAUUCAAUGUCAAGGGAGGAGAAGCGCAAAUUGAAGAACCAAGUGGUUGAGAUGUUUGACCAUGCGUAUAAGAAUUACAUGGACCAUGCGUACCCAGCAGACGAGCUUAUGCCUUUGACGUGCAGAGGAAGAGUACGAGGACUUGAACCCAGUCGAGGCGACGUAGACGACGCACUAGGAAAGUUCUCUUUGACUCUCAUAGAUACUCUGGAUACUUUGGUGCUGCUGAAUAAGACGACAGAGUUUGAGGCUGCUGUGAGGAGAGUGCUCUCAGAUGUGAGACUGGACAACGAUAUUGUUGUGUCAGUGUUUGAAACCAACAUCCGUGUUCUUGGAGGUCUGUUAGGAGGACACUCCAUGGCUGUGAUGCUGAGAGAUGAAGGUCAACACAUGCAGUGGUACCAGGAUGAACUCCUCCAUAUGGCUAAAGACCUGGGUCUCCGUCUGCUGCCGGCUUUUAACACCAGCAGUGGCCUGCCUUACCCCAGGGUGAACUUGAAACACGGCGUCAGGGGUCCUGAGACGCGAACGGGAACAGAAACUGAAACGUGUACAGCGUGCGCUGGAACCAUCAUCUUGGAAUUUGCUGCCUUAAGUCGCUUCACUGGCGAUCCUGUGUUUGAGGCUCACGCCCGGAGAGCCAUGGACUUUCUGUGGGAAAAGAGACAGAGGAACAGCAACCUGGUGGGGACCACAAUCAACAUUCAUUCUGGAGAGUGGGUUCGAAGAGACAGUGGAGUUGGAGCGGGAAUUGACUCUUACUACGAAUACCUGUUAAAGGCCUAUGUGCUCCUGGGAGAUGACCAGUUCUUACAGCGGUUCAAUAUUCACUAUGCAUCUAUAAUGAAGUACAUCAGUCAGCCUCCUCUGCUGCUGGACGUCCACAUCCACAAGCCCCUGCUCCCUGCUCGCACCUGGAUGGACUCUCUCCUGGCCUUCUUCCCUGGACUGCAGGUGUUGAAGGGAGACAUCCGUCCUGCUAUAGAGACUCAUGAGAUGCUGUACCAAGUUACCAAGAAGCACAACUUCCUGCCUGAGGCCUUCACUACUGAUUUCAGGGUACACUGGGCCCAACAUCCCCUGAGGCCUGAGUUUGCAGAGAGCACCUAUUUCCUUUAUAAGGCCACAGGAGACGCGUACUACCUGGAGGCAGGUCGGACCAUUCUCGACAACCUCAACCGCUUUGCUCGCGUUCCCUGCGGCUUUGCUGCAAUGAAGGACGUGCGCACUGGAAGCCACGAGGACCGAAUGGACUCGUUCUUCCUUGCGGAGAUGUUCAAGUACUUGUUCCUGCUGUUCGCUGAAGCGGACGACCUGCUAUUUGACAUUGAGGACUACGUCUUCACCACUGAGGCCCACCUGCUGCCGCUGUCCCUUUCCAUGGCUCCCCAGUCCUCGUCUGUCCCCUCGAACCGAACGGUGAUAGUUCAGCCGGAGGUGGAGCUGGAUGAUUUUGACUGGACGUGCCCCAACACCCGCCUCCUGUUCACCGACCCUGCUUUUCCCAACAACCUGCGAGAACCGAUCCGUAGCGCCGUGGACAAGAGCUGCCCCCGUCCUCUGCCGUACAGGUGUGUACACAAACAGGCGUCACCGGGUGUUGCUUCAGUUGUCUCAACCUUUCCUCACGGUGUUGUCACUGCUUUCAGGGAGCCUGGUAUAGGCCGUCCACCGCUGAGGGCUCAAGACUUCAUGGCGAACAACCCUGAACAUUUGGAGCUGCUGAGGAGGAUGGGAGUCAGUCUCAUUCACUUGAAAGACGGCAGGGUGCAGCUGGUCCAGCAUGCUACACAGGCCGUCAGCGCAGUGGCAGCGGAGGACGGCGUGCGUUUCAUGCAGGAGAUGAUGGAGCUGUCCAGCCAGCAGCAGAAAGAGCAGCUGCCGCCCAGAGCCAUCCAGAUCGUCUCGCACCCGUUCUUCGGCAGGGUGGUUCUGACCGCCGGCCCGGCGCAGUUUGGCACAGACUUGUCCAAAAGUUCCACAGGGGUACGGGGCUUCGUGACUGUGGCUGAACCCUACAGCGGCUGCUCUGAGAUCACCAAUGCGGAGUACGUCCGGGGCCACAUCGCUCUGCUCCAGAGGGGACAGUGCAUGUUUGCAGAGAAGGCUCGAAACAUCCAGAAAGCCGGCGCCAUCGGAGGCAUAGUCAUCGACGACAACGAAGGCAGCAGCAGUGACACAGCCCCCCUCUUUCAGAUGGCCGGGGACGGCCGCAGCACAGACGACGUCACCCUGCCCGUCCUCUUCCUCUUCCACAAGGAGGGCAAGAUCCUGCUGGAGGCGCUGAAGGAGUACAGGGAGGUGGAGGUGCUGCUGAGCGACAAAGCCAGGGACAGAGCAACCAUAUUUAAAGGUAAACCACUUCCGGGCAGCCUGAUUGAGGGCAGUGUAGAUGUGCAAGAAGCAGAGGAGGGCUGCUUAACUGAGGCAACAACUCCCACCUCAUCUGAACCUGCCGGCGAGUCGCAGAUGAGCACGGUGGAGCUGGACGAGGCUGUUGCUGGGGAGGCUGCGCCAUCGCACGAAGGAGUCGGCCCUGCAGGUGAAGACGCAGGUCCGGCGGAGAAGAUGAGCGCGUCGGAAGCAGAGGGCGGACCCGCGGAGGCCGAGGCCGCCGCCGCUCAGCCCGACCGGAGCCCAGAGGCGAAGGAGAAGCCGGAGGGGGGCGCGAACAGCCAGUCGGUGGACGAACUCCUGGCUGAUUGGCAGGAGGACCUGGAGGCUUUCAAGCAGAUGGAGAAGGAUGAGCUCUGACAGUCGCCGGGUGUGUCGUGCCCUUUGAGCGUGGUUGGGUCCGGCCACACGAGGAGAGCCCCAGAGGCCCUUCACACAUCACCAGCGCCAGUCAGAUGAACGCGGAGGAAGCUGGGACGAUGUCUCCUUUAGUGACUGUUUCCUGUCUUGCCCUCUAUGAAUGGCAUCGCGUGCCAAGGCAGCCCACAUACUGUAUCUGGACCAUUAGGCCGGUGGGCGAUGGGACAGAGGCCAGGGUCCUUACCUCACUUUCUCAUACAGUUUCUGUUCAUCUGUUCACACGCUAAUGAUUGGCCUGGACCAGACUGAGCGUAACAGCGUCUCCCUGUCCACACAAACUACAUCUCGCAUUGCUGUUCUUUCUAUGCAUUUCUCAUUCAUUUCUCCUGUCACUCAAAUGGUCCAAAAACUAAUUUAGAUCAGCGAAAUCCAUUGACCAACUGAUUUUAUUUAAAUGUGGUGAUUAUUUGUGUUGAGGCAUUUGCUGUAUUCAUGGUCUUGGGUAUAAUCACAUUUACAUAUUGAUGUUAAUUGAUUAUUGUGGAGAUCAAUAACAUCAAAUAAGCUGCAGGAUCUUUUCUAUGUGUGGCUUUAUGGUACAGAAGCCGAACUGAAUCUUGCUGAAGAAUACAUGAAGUCAUGCGUCA